UGUUUGAACAAAGAUAUGCUUGUUCAUUCACAAUAGGACUUGGACUGAUGCGGCUUCAACAGUUUGGUGGAGCUAGCGCUUUCUCGUACUAUGCAAGCUCCAUUUUUGAAUCAGUUGAUUUUUCAAGUAGCAUUGGCACCAGGAGCGUGGCUUUUGUCUUGAUUCCAAGAAGGGCAAUUACCAUACUGUUGACUGAUAAAGCUAGACAACGACCGCUUUUGAUGGUUUCUUCUGCUGGAAUGUGCUUAAGCAGUUUAAUACUAGGAUUGUCAUUUUGGAUGCAGGAUCUGCACCAUGGCAAGGAUGUCAUUCCAAUUUUGGUUUACCUAGCUGUAUUGGCAUAUUCUGUAUCUCUCUCAUUCGGCAUGGCGGGACUGCCAUGGAUUCUAAUGUUCGAGAUAUUCCCAGUAAAUGUAAAAGGGAGAGUAGGAAGCAUUGUGACGUUUGCCCACUAGUCCUGCUCUUGGAUCAUGACCUACACUUUCAACCUCGUGUUCGAAUGAAGCGUGCCCGGAACAUUUUUCAUAUUCGCGGGCAUUUGUGGUUUAGCGAUCCUGUUUACUGCAAAGUUAGUGCCCGAGACCAAAGGGCAAGCCCUGGAAGAAGUGCAAGCAUCGCUUGUUCAUAUUUCUGCAGUGAGUUAAAGUAAUGUGAUCUUCUAUUUAGUCUAAAGACAUUACAAUUGCGCCUAGUGGGAUAUCGAAGGACACUUGUAGGAUUGACAUUUCGUUCCUGAUUGCAAAC